GCUAUUGAAUGACAGUCUAGUUUUCUUAUUAUGGUACCUUUUCUUUUUCAUAACUUAACCGACAUUGCCACUAAUUCUUUAUACCCAAGAUUCCACUCCAAUACAUGUGUUGUUUCAUGUCUUGUGUCAAACGUUGUACUAAAGUCAGAGUGUCUGUUCAGAGCUGUGCAGGACUGUGGCUCAUUAGAGUCCAUGGCCGAGUGUUUGUGAAAAGGAAGCAACAUUCCUCAGCUUCAGAAUGGGACUGCUUCACUAAGACCUGACAGCCCCUGUGGUUCCUGCAUAGCUAUUAGCGUACAGACUGUUGGACCACACGCUGGAAACCUCCGCCGCACUCUGACAGGAGAACAGGCACAGAUACAGGAUCAUAUCAGAUUGGUUGGAAACACAUAAAAUACGUUCAGGAUGGUUCGAGAGGUCGGUCUGGGAUUUCGUCAUGUGACACUGGUCUUCGUCCUGCUGUGCCCGGCCACAGGCUUGAUGCUGGCGGGUUUCCGCAGAGACGCAGAGGAUGACAGGGAGCUCAACAAAGCCAUUUUGGAAAUGCUACACAUCAAUAAAGUGUCUGCGAGCCAUCAGGCCAAACCACAUCCCUACAUGAGGAGGGUCUAUCAGCAUCUGGACUCGCUGGAGGCUCAAGACUUCGGGAGAUCAGAUGGAAUGCUGGUACAGAGCUUUCGGAGUGUUCUUGGUCCAGCUGAGGCUCCCCCAGGUUGGAUCUGGUUCAACGUCAGCAGUCUGAGCCCCUCCAUGCUGGGGGCAGAACUGGUUCUGUUCCGAAAAACCCUCCACCCCCGUCCCGUCAGCGUGACUGUCACCCUGCACGGUGUCACCGCUUUGCAGGGAGCCCUGCAGGAGAGUCCCGCUCUGGGGGAGAGGCUACUGACCCUGGAUCAGCGACCCUCGUCCGGAUUUGAUGUGUUUGAUGUGUCAGCUGUCCUGACAGUGAAGCCAGUGGAGGCAGUGGGUUUUCAGCUGCGUUACACAGACGAGAGUGGGAGUCUGGUCCUUCACGAAGCCCUGACACAGAGUCUGUACUGUCUGAAUAGAGGGUCCCUGAGUGAACCCUUACUGGUGCUCUACCAAGCACACCCCCUUCCUGUUUAA